UUUUUAAUUCCUGCUAUUGUACUUCUUGUGGCUGGAUUUGGAAGGUAUUUCGCCAUGGUAAGCUUCAGCGCUAAACUAAAUUUUCGGAAUUCCUUUGACACCGCACUCCGAGUGGAUAAUUUGAUAAUUUGUGAAAUCAGUAGGGAGCUUAAGUAGGACGGCAACACAACGACGACGGCAACCAAUACAAUGAGUCAAUGAAAAGAAAUAGAUAAUUAAAGUCCCGGGGGAGUUUCAGACGUCGUCGUCUCUCUGUUUACAACGGCAAAUCACAGAUUUUCACGUCUUUUAUACAACGCCUGCAUUUCAAGUCGUAACAAGUGCAACUUAAAAUUCAGUUCAGUAGAACUCUUCCCAAACAUAAAGCCAAUCAGUGUUUUCAACUUCUUAUACUGUAGUAAAUUCAUACGAAUUAUAAUAUGCAACAAGUUUUCUUUACUAUCAUUUAUUUGAAGGAAUUUGUUUUGGCCGUACAUUCGUCGUGUCGCCGUUCUACAUGCGUAAGUUACAUCGUGCUUACAGGUAGACAAACACACAUACAAACGCGAGUUGAUGUAUCUUAUAAAACAUAUUUUUUAUUAGUUGGCUGUUAGCAUUGGUGCAAAUGUGCUUGGAAUCUUGCUUGCCAUUGCUGGGAUAACGUAUUCAGCUGCUGUCUGGGUUGCACUUAAUCAAGCUUGUUUUACUGUUGGGGAUGUAUGCACUUGUAUAAAUGCAGUAUAUGUGAACUCAGAAUCAGUUAUAUGUAAGUUCAGUACUGAUAAUGACCAACCUCGUAUGCACGGCUAGCCGCCUUGUCAACAAGAUGUGUUCGCAGUAUGCUUGUAACAAGUCAACAAGUUGUAACAAUGUGUUAUUUUAUCAAACGUUGCCACAGGGUUGUGACUCAUAACUUGUUGACAAGUUGUUGAAUUACAGGGUGACAACAAGUUGUUGGAACAACUAUUAAAAUAUAUGUUGAGCUCAACAACCUUGUAGCAAGUUGUCAACAAUUGAAAGCUGUUGACAACUUGCCAACAAGCUGGGAACAAGCAGUGCGAACACAUUCUGUUGACAAGUUGUUGGAACAGCAUUGCUACAAGUCUGCUGCAGGUUUGUUACAACUUGUGCGUUUUUACGUGUGUACACGCGUAAAAACACGCGAGCUGUUUUGUUUGUGCACUUUAUUCACAUUCGAGUUUAAUUGAUUAAAAUGAAGAAGUUCGGAGUUAUGGAAGGAUGACAUAUAUAUUCAUGGUAUUUAACUGUAAUUUUACAUUGUUUGCAAGAUAAGUCAUCAUUCCUUAUGAAGUAAAUUACACCCGUUUUCAAAAUUACGCGACCAAGGACGAAAAUGCUAGAGUUGACAUGUCAGUUUUAUGUCGUUCGGUCACGAAGUUUAAACUUUGAGUUUUGCGGUUCCCUUGUCGAUGUAUAUGCUCUGUAUGCUUUAUAUAAACAGCCUUACAAUGAUUUUCAAGAUAUUUUAGUGAGAAUUAUUGCAAAAUUUAAGCACAAACAAAAUCAUAACAUCACCGUUAUAGUCUAGCGCGCGUGUUUUAUACUGACAGCUAAAUUCCGGGAUAAAUUGUUAUUUUUCAAACUUGAAAAGUUAUUCACGGCACAUAUUUCUGUUGUGAUGGUUUGUAUUGUGCUUUAGCUUGUAUAUCUAAGUUAUCUCACUCAUUUUUGUUCAGUUUUGAUAUUAAAUACGGUUUAAAAUGCCUUUUGACAGUUUGUUUACGUUUGCUAUUUUUAGCAGUUUUUGUGACAUAAAACUGACAUUUGAAGUAAGAGUAUUUUUCAGGGAGGUCGCGUAAUUUUGAAAACGGGUGUAAUUCACCUCACCUUAAGUAGUGAUUUUUCGUAUGAGAUAUCAUUUCAAAUCCUCCAAGUCGGGCUGGACUAGAUUUCAAACCCUCGCAUUUUGAUCCAGUGAUCAUAUUCCAGUGAUCAAAUGGGCGCACUUGAUCAAAUUACGCGGACUUGAAAUCUAGUUCAGUCUUGACAGUCGGAUUUAAAAUAUUACAUCUCCUGACUCAAACGCUCGUGUAAAUUUGUGUGUUGUAUUAUCAUUUAUCAUCUUUGUAGUUGGCACAAGUUGCUCGGAUGUAGAAAGUGUUCGGUAUGCCAGUGCUGCAGCAACUAUUCUCUAUGUUUUUUUGUUGAUACUGUCUUUCGUGGGAUCUAUACUAGGCUGCGCUGGGGCUUGCUGCGG